AUGGGGAGGGUGGAUGCAUUUGGUGAAUUUGAGCCGUGUUUUCGAAAACCCCUCCCCUUCGGCUUCUUCUCCGAGGACUGCGCUUAUCGUGGAUUCCGCUGCCGCCCUCCGAUCGAGACGCCUCCGCCUCGCCGUUGCCGUCCAGGUCUCCAUCUCUCGUCUCAACGCCGGAACCCUAGCUGCCGGUACCAAUCCCUUCCCGCGGCAGGAUCGCCCGGUUCCUCAAGGCCGGCAAGUACGCCGAGCGCGUCGGCGCCGGGGCCCCGGUCUACCUCUCCGCCGUCCUCGAGUACCUCGCCGCCGAGGCUUUGCCGAAUCAGCAGAUGUUCAAUCACCCGGGCUUCAAGCUUGUCAUCGUUGGCGAUAAGGGCACGGGUGGCCCUGGCCUUCCCAUUGCGAAAUGCUGCAUACCCAGAUGGACAAUUUCGACAAGCUGGCCUUCGCAGUUCAUUCCCAUUGCUUCACAGGAAGUACAGUGGAAAUUUCAUUGUGAACCUUUUGGGUAAAUGGAAAGAAUCUGAGUACUCAGGUGGCCAAUCUGUCCCUGUUGGUGUUAUCGCCUACUAUAUCACCACUCCAUCAAGCUUGGCUGAUAUGGCAGCCAAUCCCUUCCAUGCGCUCUUCUAUCUUGUGUUUAUGUUGUCAGCUUGUGCACUGUUCUCCAAAACAUGGAUUGAAGUUUCUGGAUCCUCUGCUAAAGAUGUUGCCAGACAGCUCACGGAACAACAAAUGGUGAUGCCAGGCCAUCGUGAGUCAAACUUACAGAAAGAGCUCAAUCGCUACAUUCCCACUGCUGCAGCAUUUGGAGGCAUGUGCAUCGGCGCACUGACUGUUUUGGCAAAUUUCAUGGGGGCAAUAGGCUCAGGGACCGGGAUUCUUCUCGCCGUCACCAUCAUUUAUCAGUACUUUGAUACCUUUGAGAAAGAAAAAGCAAGUGAACAAUGUGGAUUAGCAUGAAGCAGCUUCAUCACUGCAGUAUUAGGUUGGUAUGUUUCUUUGGAGUAUCUAGAGUGGAGCACGAUGUAGCUGGUCUUUCAUGAACUUAAGUUGAAUUCUGCAAUUCAGCACUUCAUUAAUGUGGCUAGUCGGGUAGGUGUUACUGGAAUGAUACUGGUGUUACUGGAAUGAUACUUACUAUUGCAAAAUGUAAUUGUCUCUUCAUAAAUCAUGAGAAUCGAAAAGGAAUUUGCGGUGGUCUUAUGGAUGAGUUUGAUAAAAA